AUGCUGCAAAGCAUCAUCGAUGCUCACAGUAUUGCAAAUGGAGAUAUGUUAUGGGACUUGAGCUCCGUAUUCUACACGCGCAAUCUAAAAACCGAGAUGGUCUUUUGCAUUCCGUUUACGCAGAUUGAGGAUGGAGAUUUCAUUGAAAUGGCAUAUACUAUUCGAUACCCGGAAUACAAACCGUCCGAUGAAGAAUGGACAAUACGUCAGAGCGGGAUAUAUCACCGUUUGAAUCCCAAGACGAAGCAGAGUUUGUACAUUGUGUUUAAUCCAACGCCAAACUCGAAACUCCAUCAGGCAUUGCUAUCCACGCUCCAAUUUGCUGACAGCAAGAGAUCAUCGUUCUGGCUGCAUCAGACCCUCUUCGCGACGUAUGUACCAGCAUGGAGACAUUACAUCGCAUCACUCGAACGACGAUUUUUGCCAAUCGCAAACACGGCUUCUGCGACGUAUAUCAAUGAAGAGUUGCGAAUUGGGCAUGAACACCUAAGUUCGUUGAUUAGUAUCCAGAAAGACUUUUUGCAAAUUCCGACGAUAUUGGAUGCGGCGAUGGAUGUGCUUACUGCAUUGAGUCCGCUCAUUUACCCAGUAUCAGAGACUCAAGAGACUCAAAAGUUGAAGAAUAUUCAGCGGCAAUGCGAGACAUAUUCCCGCACAGCGACGCAUUUACAACAGCGAGUGCAGAUAACGGCGCAGUUGCUGGCGGAUACACUCCUGUUUCGAGACCAGGUGCUCGCCAAUGAACAGAAUGGGAAUAUGUUGCAACUAAACAGAUCAGCUGUCUUUCUGACGACGCUGACUUUGCUGUAUUUGCCUGCUUCUUUCCUCACUUCCUUCUUCGGAAUGAACUUCUUCGCCAUGGACCAAACAGACAAAACAAUCAUCGGAACGCCCAUGAUCUGGAUCUUCGUUGUGAGCACCAUCCUGCUGACGGUAGUCACGUUCAUAAUGUACAACUGGCUUUCCAGCCACGAGGCAUUCUUCCGCACAAUGGCGCCUAAGAAGUGGAUGCCGGCUGAUCUGAAUAUACGAAAAUUGACGCGGAGGUUUACGGCGACCAAAAUGACUGAUAGAGCGACUGGUGUUUGA